GAUUAAUGAGAAGAUCAACUCUGCAACUUGUUCCCGGCUUCUCAUGCCACCAUUAACAAGCCGAAAACCCAUUCUUUUCUCCAUUAGCUUAUCCACAAUGCUUAAAAUCCUCAACAAAAGAAUCAAGCGCCUCUACAACCGUCUCCGGUGGCCGGUGCUUUUCCGCUCUGACUCCAAUGCUGUCAUAAAAAAUUUCCAAAAAACCGAUUCAAAAACACAAUUUGACUCAAAAAAUGAACCUGUUGCAGAUGGGUCAGCUGCCGUUCAUCCGAAUGGUCAAACGGGUGGUUUCAAAUCCGGAAGGACGAUACGGAUAGCUACUUUCAACGCUGCUUUCUUCUCUAUGGCACCUGCCGUGCCUAAAUCGGACAAGUGUUCAAAAUUUGAUGGUGAAAAUGAAGAGUCUAUGUUCACUAAAGGUAGACCGUCUGUCGAAGUCAAUUUAAGUGCAAAGUCAAUGAAUGAUCGUCCAAAGAGUAUUCUGAAAAGAUCUCCCUCGCAUGAAAAUCUUUCUAAGCAACAGAAGUUUUCUAAAUCAAAGUUAAGGGUAUCUAUAAAUUUACCUGACAAUGAGAUUUCCUUGCUGCGUAGCCGGCAACUGAGUUUUACAGAAGACAAGAAUGAAGUCUCAGAUUCUUCAAGCACUAGUACAAGUAGAAUUUUAAAGGGCAAAGGUCCAUUGAGAUCAAGAUCAGCUGUGAAUUUUGCUACAAACGUGGCAAACGGUGAUGCAGAGAGUUAUCGAAGAAGCAGGACAGUUGUUGAAAUCUUGAGAGAACUUGAUACCGAUAUAUUGGCUUUGCAAGACGUGAAGGCUGAGGAAGAGAACGCCAUGAAACCUUUGUCUGAUUUGGCUGCUGCUUUGGGGAUGAAUUAUGUUUUUGCAGAGAGUUGGGCACCUGAGUACGGUAACGCUGUGCUGUCAAGAUGGCCCAUCAAGCGUUGGAGAGUGCAGAAGAUCUUUGAUGAUACUGAUUUCAGAAACGUUCUUAAGGCCACGAUUGAUGUUCCCCAGGCAGGAGAAGUGAACUUCCAUUGCACCCACCUUGAUCAUCUUGAUGAAAACUGGCGGAUGAAGCAGAUUAAAGCCAUAAUCCAAUCAAAUGAAGCUCCUCACAUCUUAGUCGGAGGUCUAAAUUCCCUUGAUAAAACAGAUUACUCUUCAGAGAGGUGGGCAGAUAUUGUCAAGUACUAUGAGGAGAUGGGAAAGCCAACACCAAAGGUUGAAGUAAUAAAAUUUCUGAAGAGUAAACAAUACACUGAUGCUAAAGACUUUGCUGGAGAAUGCGAGCCAGUAGUCAUGAUCGCCAAAGGCCAAAGUGUGCAGGGGACCUGCAAGUAUGGAACAAGGGUAGAUUACAUAUUGGGGUCACCGAAUUCCCCAUACAAAUUUGUUCCAGGAUCGUACUCAGUCUUUUCUUCGAAGGGAACUUCAGAUCAUCACAUAGUGAAAGUGGAUAUAGUUAAAGUAGACAGCAUUGAUCAAAGAAAGGUCAGCCAAAAAUUAGGUCGACCUAAACAAGAAGUUGUGAAGAUUACAAGUUCUUCUCCAUCAAAAGGAAUACAGAAAACACACAACACACAAGAGAGAUCAUAACAACUUGACUAUUUCAUUUGAUCAUUUUAGGACCUGUUUCCUUCUAUUUUAUGCUUUGAAAGUCGAAAACUUGCUGGUUGUUUGUUCA